AUGCAUACUUUCGUUCGUCGGGCAGCGUGUGCAAGACGUGUUCCACUGCAAGUACGUCCUCUUCCGUUGACGUCGACUAUUGCACCCAGGCUGGCCCGUGCAUAUGCAACCCCAACGGACGACAAACCGAGCAGUACACAAGAGAAGAAAGACUCGGAAAAGGGAAAGGAAAAGCAGUUAUCGGACGAGAACAAGGUGCCUCCAGCUCUGAAAGGCCUCGAAGGCUUUUUCGGUGGGAGCAAGUCCUCGGAGUCCGGCUCUCAGCACCACGAUCACGAGCAUGACGAGUCACACGAACGGCGCCAUCGAUCGACUCCUCCCCCCGGAGGCCCCAACAACCAACCAGGUCCGUCGAUGUACCAGAAUCUGGCGCUGGUUGGUACUGCACUUUAUCUCGCAUAUACGCUCUCCGCAACUAGUGCGGAUUCUCGCGAAAUUACAUGGCAAGAAUUCCAGAAUGCCUUUCUCGAGAAGGGGUUGGUCGAUAAAUUGACGGUAGUCAAUCGCACACGAGUGCGUGUACACCUUCAUUCGAAUGCGACGGGGACUAUGUACCCGCAAUCGACCGGGCAAGGUUAUUACUUUUCAAUAGGGAGCGUCGAAGCAUUUGAGCGCAAGCUAGAUGAGGCUCAACGCGAACUUGGUAUACCGAUCAACGAGCGUAUCCCCGUGGCGUACCAUGAGGAGAUCAGUGCACUCAAUACUGCCCUCCACUUUGCCCCAACGUUAAUCCUUGCCGGUCUCUUACUCUAUUUCUCUCGUCGUGCUACGGGUGGAGCAGGCGCAGGAGGCAGCGGUGGUAUAUUUGGUAUUGGCAAGAGCCGUGCUAAACUCUUUAAUCAAGAAACCGAUGUCAAAGUCAAAUUCAAGGACGUUGCGGGUAUGGAGGAGGCCAAAGUCGAGAUUAUGGAAUUCGUCAGAUUUUUGAAGGAGCCGGCCAAGUACGAGCGACUGGGAGCCAAGAUUCCCCGCGGUGCUAUCCUAUCCGGCCCCCCUGGAACUGGAAAGACAUUGCUUGCAAAGGCAACUGCUGGCGAAGCGUCCGUUCCGUUCCUGUCCGUCUCUGGUUCGGAAUUCGUAGAAAUGUUUGUUGGUGUGGGUCCUUCUCGCGUUCGGGAUCUCUUUGCGUCAGCCAAGAAGCACGCGCCGUGCAUCAUUUUUGUUGACGAAAUUGACGCCAUCGGAAAGUCGCGUGGGAAGGGUGGCAAUUUCGGUGGCAACGAUGAGCGCGAGUCGACACUGAAUCAAUUGCUUGUCGAAAUGGAUGGCUUUGGUACCAAGGAGCAUAUAGUUGUGCUAGCUGGUACUAACAGGCCCGACGUACUCGAUCCCGCUUUGAUGCGCCCUGGACGUUUCGAUCGUCAUAUUCAAGUAGAUCGACCCGACGUCUCCGGCCGCAAAGAAAUCUUCAUGGUGCAUCUCCGGCCACUCAAAUUGCACGAAUCUCUCAAACUUGAAGACAUUGCUCAAAAGCUUGCUGUCAUGACACCAGGAUUCUCAGGUGCAGAUAUUGCUAACGUCUGUAACGAAGCUGCCCUCCACGCUGCACGUGUCGAGAACGAUAGCGUCACUGAGACAAACUUUGACACUGCGAUUGAACGUGUAAUUGUUGGACUUGAGCGCAAAAGUCGUGUACUGGGCAAGGAGGAAAAGAAGACUGUGGCUUACCAUGAAGCUGGCCAUGCGGUGUGCGGGUGGUUCCUCGAGUAUGCGGACCCGUUACUCAAGGUUAGCAUCAUUCCUCGCGGUGUCGGCGCUCUAGGAUAUGCGCAGUACUUGCCUGCUGAACGUUACCUCUACUCAACUCCUCAACUCAUUGAUCGCAUGUGCAUGACACUUGGAGGCCGCGUGUCCGAGGAGAUAUUUUUUGGCGAGAUUACAACCGGUGCACAAGAUGACUUGCAGAAGAUUACCAAGAUGGCCUUUGAAGUUUGCGCCAACUAUGGGAUGAACGAAGUGAUCGGGCCGGUGAGCUAUGGUGGGCGAGACUCGAAGGAGUCAUUCCAGAAGCCGUUUAGUGAGAAGACCGGAGAAAUGUUGGAUAACGAAGUUCGAAAGAUGAUUGUGGCUGCACAUAAGCGCACGAAGGACCUCUUGACAGAGAAGAGGGAAGAAGUCGUCAAGGUCGCAGAGCGAUUACUUGAAAAGGAGAUUCUCACUCGACAAGACAUGAUUGAGCUUCUCGGAAAGCGACCGUUCAAGAAUCAGAGCGAUGACAUGGACAAGUACCUUGACAAGCAGGGUGAAAAGAGUGCACCUCCGCCGUUCGAAGGUCCUCAACCCGAGCCCUCAGUUGCGUCCGAAGCGGUGGACCCGAAAUCUAAAGGAAAAGAUAAGGAUAAAAACAAAGAUAAGGACAAACGGUCGAAACGUGAGGAGCGGGAACGAGAGCGGGAUCGGGACGAACACAAGUCGAAGGGUGAUCGAGACCGACACGAGGACAGGAGGCGGGACAGGCGGGACCGGGAGCGCUCUCGGUCUCCACGACGGAGAGAUAAGGAUAAGUCACGGGAUGUAAAGGAGCGCUCAAAGCACAGGGAGCGGGACGAUGGAGACAAACACUCAAAGGCCAAGAAAGCAGAAAAGGCAUAUCGAGAAGAGAAGCGCCGAGAGCGCAAAAGUAGGCAUGGGGAAAAGGAAAAGGAUAAGGAUAAAAAAGACAGGGGAAAGGAUAUUGACUCGGGCUCUGAGCUGGACGAACUUGGGGAAACAUAUAAUUUCGAACAGGACCUUGCCCAUGCGCGUAAACAACAAACGAUACUCAAGGACAAACAGCGAACCGAGUAUGAAUCGCUGGAGCUGUCGAACCUGUGUAUGGCCGAUGGAAAAGGUGAUAGCCAACUGAUGCAGUUUGGUUAUUUGGAAUCGAGCAAGGUUCCAAGGUUUAUGAGGGCUGGGUAUGGGAAUGUACUUGGAGCGCCACAUGGAUGGAAAAUUAUACGUGGGAGAGGAAGCAAUAGGCAGGUUGAAUUAGGCAAGGGCGGUCGUCCACCGGCAAAACGAUACGUUGACCGUCGAGCAAUCCCUUCCACAACUCGAAGACUCAUUCCUUCCAAAUCAACUCACUCAUUCACUCAAGAGGAAGAGGAAGAAGAGUUCAUUCGAGUAAACAAACGCCGAAAGCUCAAACAUGAUGACCUGGCAGACGAGGUGGACGACUUGGGCAAAGUCAAACGACGGGAGGAUGGCCCUGUUUACCGUGAAAUCACUCGUGUCAACUCUGAUUCGUCUGCCUCUGAUUUUUCAGACUCAGAAUCCGAUACAGAGCUUGUCACUCCAGAACUAACUCGUUCCGGAAAGCUGGCGGCUCGAGUAAAGGAGUACCCAAUGGAUAUAUCCGCCUGGAUGGCACUGCUAAAGCACAACGUGGCGCCUGCUCAAAACGAAUUGGCUCGCGCCGAAAUGGCUGUAUCGGUGUUAUCUAAAGCUCUGGCUGCCCACCCCGCCAAUGGACGAUCUCCCUCGCUCAGGUUACGAUUUCUGCGUGCAGGAGAGAUUAUUUGGCCCUCUCAGCAACUUGAAAAAGAAUGGGAAGGUGUUUUGAGAGAUUUUCCGCAUGAUGGGGACGUAUGGACCGAGUGGGUUGGAUGGAGAAUGCGGGUUGUACGGGUUAUCAACGGUGUUGAUGAUACUCUCGGCGAUAUUGCGCAUGCGUUCGAAGUUCUCCGUGGUAAUACGGAAGAACUUGAAAUGCAGAGGCUCAGGCUAUUCUGGAAGGCUUGUGUCUGGCUACGUCAGGCUGGGUAUAUUGAGCGCGCAAUUUCGGCUAUGCAAGCUCAGAUUGAAAUCACUUUCUUUCCUCCUUCGGACCGACCAGCUACCUUUCCAGAUACUCUGAAAAUGUUCGAGGAAUUUUGGGAUUCAGAAGUCCCGCGAAUAGGGGAGGAAGGAGCACAGGGAUGGGCAAAUUGGGUUUCUGGUGGCGGUUCAGGGGACGUAUACGAUGCGGGACAAGUAUUUAAGCAGCUACUGGAUCCCCCAGCCGAUCCAUACUUACAUUGGGCCCAACGAGAGAAAACCAUGGAUAGCACUUUGACUCAACCACUCCGUCUUCGUACUGCCAAUUUCCGCUUGGAUGAUCCUCACCGAGUCAUCGUCCUGUCCGACUUUUCGCCCAUUCUAACCCCGCUCGUCACACCAGUCGCCCGUCGAAAUUUGCUGUUUGUGUGUUUACAUUUUCUUGGCUUGCAUACACCUGGAUCAACCCCUCCGCCUGACGAUAUCUGGGCAGACGACAGAUGGAUGAAGCGCGAGAGCGAUUUGUUCCCUGAUCAACUCAAGUCUAUGGGACCCCGUGUUCUGGAUGGAGGCGCACUCAUUGGCCAUGAGAGGGUAUUGAGACCUGGAUGGGGACGCGUCAAAGAGUGGGGAUGGGGAGUGGGUAGAGUGGUCGGGGCAGAGUCAGAUAUGAAAGCAGGAAGCCAUAUGUGGGAAGCGGAGGAUCUUGUUGGCGUGGAUAUUGAAUUCACAAGUCGCGUAUUUUCUAUGCUAAGCCCUGUGGUUCAAGAUGAAAUGUGGGACGAGCACUGGCUUGCUUUUGAAGCCGCCUCUAAUUUGAAAAAAGCUUUAAAACUGUCGCGGUUACAAUUAGCUCAAGAUCAAACAUCUCUGUACCGCUGGGCAGGUCACGCCCGCCUAGAGCGCGCCCGAAAUAAACCUGAAGAAGCUCGCAAGAUUUACCGGGUCAACUUGACAAAUGUCAAGAUCGACCGACGAAGGCCCGGUGAACUCGAGCUCUGGUGGGACUGGUCAGAAAUGGAAUGGGUUCAGGAUAAAAGCGAAGAUGCUCUACAAGUCGUGUUAAUGGCUGCAGACGCUUCGGCCCCAACCCCAAUAGAGAUCCUCCGGGCGAAACGGAUAUAUGAUGCGUCUUUCAAGGACGAUUUCUCGAACGAUCCGAUGGCUCGCGUGGCGCUUGUGAAACUACGUGCACUACUAGAACUAUUGUCCACCAAAUCUCUGGCCUCUACUCUGGCCAUUUACAAUCACCACCUUCAAACUCCGCAAUUCCUCCAUCACACAGCAGAACACGAAGCUCUUGUGUUGUCAGCCACAUUAUGCGCAUUCCAUUAUUCACGUACAUUGGGAAACCCCUGUCCACCCAACAUAUUGCGAGACCAGGCUACUGCGGCCAUCAAGUUGUACCCAGGAAAUACUACUCUGCUUGGACUCUUCCUUGAGUCUGAACGUGGAGAGAAGGUCUGGGGUCGUGUGCGAACUGCAGUCUCGGACAUCAUCCUUCAGGAGGACUUGAAAGAUGAUAUGAAGACCGAAGUGUCACUCGCAAGAAUUUUAUGGGCUGUAUGGGUCGAAAGCUGGGAGCAUGGAAGCUACGAGCAAGAGCGUGUACGAAACGUACUCAGCAAAGCUAUUAGUGACCAUAGGACACGCCAAUCUCCAGUUUUAUGGCGCAUUUAUUUGGAGUUUGAGAUUCGAGCCGGUCAGCUUACCCGCGCAAAGGCGUUGCUUCAUCAGGCUAUAGGGGUUUGUCCUUGGGUAAAGGACUUUUAUCUCCUCCCGUUCAAUCAGCUGCGGCCUGUUUUUACCCACACCCAGCUAGAUUUCUGGAUCAAUGCCAUGGCAGAACGCCAAAUACGUACCCGGACUGAUGUUGAAGAGCUGCUGGUAGGUUGGAUACCAGAAGAGGAUUCAGAUUCAGAGAUUGAGGUGGAAGGUGGGGAGCACGACAUUGAAGAUAGGGCCCAAGAGCUUAGAAGACUGCGGCCUUACUGA